AUGUCGAUGUCUGUCCAGUCCAACCCCUACGGUCCCAAUCCCUCCGACUUCCUCUCCAACGUCAACAAGUUCGAGUUGAUCGAAUCCACCCUCAGAGAAGGGGAGCAGUUUUCCAACGCCCACUUCGAUACCGAGACCAAAAUCAAGAUUGCCAAGGCCCUCGACGACUUUGGCGUCGACUACAUUGAGCUCACGUCGCCCGUUGCUUCGGAACAGCUGAGAAAGGACUGUGAAGCUAUUUGCAAGCUCGGCUUAAAGGCGAAGAUUUUGACCCACAUCCGGUGCCAUAUGGACGACGCCCGCGUCGCUGUUGAAACCGGGGUCGAUGGUGUUGAUGUCGUCAUCGGCACCUCGAAAUUCUUGCGUGAACACUCCCACGGCAAGGACAUGAACUACAUUGCCCAGCUGGCGAUCGAAGUCAUUGAAUUCGUCAAAUCCAAGGGUAUCGAAAUCAGAUUCUCCUCGGAAGACUCGUUCCGGUCCGACAUUGUCGACUUGCUUAACAUCUAUCGUACUGUGGACAAGAUCGGCGUCAACCGCGUGGGUAUUGCCGACACCGUCGGCUGCGCCAACCCCCGUCAAGUGUACGAGUUGGUGAAGACGUUGAAGCUGGUGGUGUCGUGCGACAUUGAGUGCCACUUCCACAACGAUACCGGGUGUGCCAUUGCCAACGCCUACACUGCCCUUGAAGCCGGUGCUAAGCUCAUUGACGUCUCGGUUCUCGGGAUCGGUGAACGUAACGGGAUCACCCCCUUGGGUGGUUUGAUGGCCCGUAUGAUCGCUGCCGACCGUGACUAUGUGCUUUCCAAGUACAAGGUGCACAAGUUGAGAGACCUCGAGAACUUGGUUGCGAAUGCUGUUCAAGUGAACAUCCCCUUCAACAACCCGAUCACGGGUUUCUGUGCCUUUACCCACAAGGCCGGGAUCCACGCCAAGGCCAUUCUCGCCAACCCCUCGACCUACGAAAUUUUGAACCCGGAAGAUUUCGGUAUUCUGAGAUACAUCCACUUCGCCAACCGGUUGACGGGUUGGAACGCCAUCAAGCUGAGAGUCGACCAAUUGAACUUGCACUUGACCGACGACCAGUGCAAGGAAGUUACUGCUAAAGUGAAGCAGAUGGGCGACAUCAGACAGUUGAGCAUCGACGACGUCGACUCGAUCAUCCGCGACUUCCACGCCGAACAGCAGACGCCGCUGUUGCGGCCCGCCCCGACCACCGAAGACGACAUCGAGCCGGUGGCCAAAAAGCAAAAGACCGAAUAA